AUGGACUGUACAUGUAAGACCAACCGAUAUGGCCUCCCCCUGCUUGAUGUUGUUGGCUUUGCGGCUACUGGCUCUACGUUCCACCUUGCUUUUGCAUUUAUGCGAGAUGAGAAAGACCAUACGUACAAGGCAAUGCUUGGCUGUCUUCUGGAAGCCUACGAGGCCCUUGGUCUUGCAGCCCCACGUUCAAUCCUCACGGAUAAAGAGGCAGCUUUGCUAACUGCAAUUGAGUUCAUUUUCCCAGAUACAAAGCAUAUAACAUGCACCUGGCACAUUAAUAUGAACAUUUUGAAGAAACCCCGCCCCCUUCUCGCCGAUCAAGUAGCACAAGCCCGCCGAGAAGCCCGUGGAGAUAACUCUUCGUACCGCCUUACCCCCGCUGAAGCCCAGGAAGACCGUGAGAAAGCCGAAGAGGGGUGGAAGAAGAUGCUUCAGCGGUGA